AUGCGAAUUUGGGAGAGCUAUAGAAAUUACAAAAAUGACACUAACCCCGAAAAUUUCCGUUUCAACUUGGCAGAGCAAGGAGUAUGGGACUGGAUCGCUUCAUUUAACAAUCUAUUUUUGAGUCAGCUUUUGGAAUCCCCGUCAUUACCAUCGGAGCAUUUUCCUACCAUUAUCAGAAAAGAAACUGAUCUCCCACUACGUGGACAGAUCUGUCUUUCGACAACUGUCGGAAGAUGGAAAGGAGAUGAGGCCCAGGGUCAACUUGAUUUCCACAUCAAAGCAAUCGGCCAUCCAUGCCAGCUUGGUGAUUGGAGCCAAGUGAUGGUGGUGGCUGGUCUUUCUGAAAAACCUUCAAAAAGUAGACGGAAAGUGAGGUUUAUCCAACUGGCGACUUACGUUCGGCAAAUAUUUUACGCACAGCCACUUCGUCGUUUUGUGCACGGAUUCUGCUUGUUCGACAAGGAAAUCGAAUUCUGGAUGAUUGAUCGAACAGGAGCAUAUAGCUCGGGCUAUAUUAGUAUUGAAAAUGAUGAGCAGACUAAAGAGAUUGAGAUUGACCCUAAGCCCCUGAUCAAGCCACACAGAUUGACUUCACGUGGUACCACCUGCUACAGAUCGCUUCAUGAUAAAUAUUUGGUCAAAUACUCGUGGCACGGGAUCUUAGGAGAAUCAGAAACUGAAUUACUAAAAAAAGCACUCCCGCUCAAGGGUGUGGUCAAUUUGGUAGCAUCAGAUGUCAUUCAAAACUAUUCUUAUCAUUGGGAAUGUUUAAAAGGCUUCGCUCCUAGAAGAUGGCACCUAACACCAAAAGAUCAAUCGUUAAAUUACUAUGACUCUUCUGAUUCAGUUUUUGACACUGAAAUGGACAACGAAUAUGUCUUCCAUAGAGUCGUUCUUUCACCCUAUGGACGUCCCCUUCAAUCUUGUACAUCAGUAUUACAAUUUCUUAUUGUCUUACGAGAUGCAAUACUGGGUCACAGGAGUCUAUUAAUUGAGAAAGAAAUUAUCCAUAACGAUAUCUCUGAUAGUAACAUCAUCAUAGUAACACCAACAGAAUAUGAUAGAUCAAGAGGGAUGUUGAUAGACCUCGACCAUUCAGUUGCGCUCUACGACCGUAUGUUAUCAUAUCUGAUAAGACUUCCGGUAGGUAAGAUAAAAUUCAUGGCGUUCGAACCUUUGGAUGCCAUCAAAAGACCUAAAGCUAGAUGGAAUGAAUCCUUUGAAUGUAGCUAUAGUAAUGACCUGGUAUCAUUUUUCAAUGUGUUCCUAACAGGAUGCGUAGAAUAUGGACGUGACCCGGAUCUUCCAAGAAUGGACUUGGAUUCGUGGUGCAACAAUAGAAUAGAUGAAAACAUUCAGAACAAGAGAAAUGACAUCCUUGAGAAUUUUGAGGAAUUGGUCAACAAAAAAUUUUCAAGCAGCUUCGUUGAUGCUAAAGAAUUGGGCAAAGAGCUGCAACAAUUAUUGUUUGGAUUGAAUAGAAAGCCAAUUGAGUAUUUACAAAACCGUUAUGUUAAAUACAAUCAAAUUAUUCAAGCAUUUAAUAAAACUAUCGGACAGAUUGAAGCUGGGAAAAUCCCGAACAGAGCGUGGUCUAAUAAGACCACUGUUGGCGUAUGA